UUGGAUUUUUCAUAUGCCAAGUGGUCUGUGGAUUUUUAGUUUCUAUCAUUUAUAGGAAAAUUCAUUACAGGGCACAGUUCAAUACUUAAUGGAUUUAUUAGAUAGUAAGAUGGAUGAUCAGGAUCUUACUCCAUAUGAAGUCACUCAGGCCCCAAAGGCUGUGUACUACCUGAGUAAUUUCCUGACACAAGAUGAGGAGUCUAAAUUGUGGCAGGGAGUAUAUGCGGCUCCAAAGCCUAAGUGGACAGUGUUGAGCCACAGACGUCUCCAGAACUGGGGAGGCAAACCACAUGAGAAGGGCAUGGUGCCUGAACAUAUGCCUCAGUGGUUGCAAGAGCUCGUCACCACCAGAGUGUCAGGCCUGGGCAUCUUUGGGGGCAUGGAUGCCAACCAUGUCCUGGUGAAUGAAUACUGCCCUGGCCAAGGCAUCAUG